CUGCACCGUGGAGCAAAACGUGCGCUCACUCGCCCUGCCGCGGGACGCUCGCGCUCUUGGACCGCAGUGAGGAGCUCAUUCAUCCCCAGAAUACCGUGUUUGUGGUCGGUCGCAAGAGGUCGAACGCUCCGCGGAGCAGCUCGGUGUCACUUCUGACUGGCUACUUUUCUCUCGCGUUUCCCGGGAAUAUGUAGCGGGUCUGUCCUUCACCAGCAGCCGAGUCGAGUGUCAACUCCUGCCUGUCUCCGUGGUUGUUAAAGGCAGGGAGAUGGAUGGGAUUGGGAACACCAUGAGGAAGAAGGCUGCAGAGCUGGAGCGCCUGGCUGAGGUGCUGGUCACCGGGGAGCAGCUGAGGCUGCGACUCCACGAGGCGAAGGUCAUCAAGGAUCGCCGACAUCAUCUGCGGACGUACCCCAACUGCUUUGUGGGAAAGGAGCUGAUCGACUGGCUCCUGGAACACAAGGAAGCUUCAGACCGCGACACGGCGGUGAAGAUCAUGCAGAAGCUGUUGGACCAGAGCAUCAUCCAUCAUGUUUGUGAUGAACACCGGGAAUUCAAAGACAUGAAGUUGUUCUACCGUUUCCGGAAGGACGACGGGACCUUCCCGUUGGACAGCGAAGCAAAAGUCUUCAUGCGGGGCCAGAGGCUCUAUGAGAAGCUCAUGAACUCUGAGAGCAGCCUGCUGCAGACCAGAGACACUGACGGGGAGAGUUUUGAGCGCACGUUGGUGGCCUCCGAGUUCAUCGACUGGCUCAUUCAGGAGGGUGAAAUGGCGACCAGAGAAGAAGCUGAACAGCUGGGCCGCCGACUUCUCGAACACGGCAUUGUGCAGCACGUGACAAAUGCCCACCACUUUGUCGACGGGCCGAACCUCUACCAGUUCAGGAUGAACUUCAGGAGACGGCGGCGGUUGAUGGAAGUUCUGCAUGAGCGUAACCCGAGCAUCCCGGAGAGCCAAGACAGCCCCUUCUGUCUUCGCAAACAACACUCUGAUGGCGGCAACACCAGCUUCCUGUCAGUGAGUCCCACCAAGGAGAUAAAGGUCGGAGCUGGGGUGCGUCGCAGCAGCAUGAGCAGCAGUUGUGGCAGCAGCGGUUACUACAGCAGCAGCCCCACGCUCAGUAGCAGUCCGCCGGUGCUCUGCAACCCCAAGUCUGUUCUUAAGAGACCAGUGAGUGUUGAGGAACUUCUAACUCCAGGGGGGCCCUUCAAGAAGAAGACUUUCACUGUUGUCGGGGAUGCGGUUGGCUGGGGCUUUGUGGUCCGAGGUUGCAACCCCUGUCAUGUCCAGGCUGUGGACCCUGGUGGACCUGCAGCUGCUGCUGGCAUGAAGGUGUGUCAGUUUGUGGUGUCUGUGAACGGGCUGAACGUCCUCAGUCAUGACUACCGGGCCCUGAGCAACCUGAUCCUCACCGGGCCGCGGACCAUCGUCAUGGAAGUGAUGGAGGAGCACGGCAACCAAGAUAAGGCGCCCAAACGAGAGAAGUGAUGCUGCUG